UGUUCAUAGCUGAAUGUCACUGCAUUAGACAGCAUUAUUUAUAAUAUAGAAAUCUUUUUAAAUAAUCAUAGUUUCACUGGGUGAACUAUAGUAAUCUGAUUCGGUUGGGGUCACCGGUGACCCCCAUGACAUUCAACUUGUUAAGAAUCGUCGAACACGUUGAUGAUUCUUGAAAUUUGAAGGUUUCAAGGGAAAUAGUGGAAUUACUACAGUAGUUGAGUAGUUCUAAUAUUUAGAAAUUUUUGAUUAGACAAAAGAGCGUCAAUUUCGAUAUCUCUCGAUUUUGUUUACGUUCGUAAGGAUCGCCAUGUAAAAGAAAUGUAAUUUUUCUACGCAAAAUUUGUACUCCGCGGGAAAAUUGAAGAUGACCGUGGAGUAUAGUUGUACAUCAUCAUCAUCUACGUUAUCAGAUCAAUCAUCUAUUAGGGAAAACAAAUCUAAGAAUUGCCACAAAUCUUGUUACUAUAUUUGUCUGGGAACUUUGGCACAUACGGUACAUACGCAAAUUCAGAGGAGGUAUAGAAAGAACGAUGACUUAUAUUUAACUGGUUCAAAAUAUGUGGAAGACAUCUAUAAAUGGGUGUACCGAUGCAAGUACAGAGAAUUGCUUGUAAAUGACUUCUUCAAGUCGUUUAUUGCUUCGGUAGUCUUAUUUGCAUUAGGUGCUAAAUUAGCCAGUGAGUUAGCAGCAUGGAAAAUCUCUUGAUAAUGUUAAAGAGAAUAGUAACAUUCUCGAAUGAA